GUCACGUGAUCUUAAAAUAGUUCUAGAGUAUUUUUAUAUUGAUAUCAAAUCUACACAUUUGACAUACAAUUCUAACAGUUGAUUGGUUUAAAUACGCAAUUAUCGUUAUAAAAUAUUAUACUAUCACGAAAUGAAUAAAAGUUUCACAUAUUGUUUUUAACAAGCAUAGGCUAAUGUAUGAAAGACGCGCACGAAUAUUUUCAUAACAGUGAUGGAGGAUUCUGGCUGAAGCAUCAUCGUAUACGGUUGUGUUUGUGUGUCAAAUGUGUUCAGGCGAUUUGAACAGUUGCUCCUCUUACUGAUAAGCAGUUUUAUAAGAGUCAAUUGAAAGUCAUUAACCAAUAAUGUAAAUGAAACAAUGUCGAGAAGGCGUAAAUUAGACCCAUUUUUAGUGUGGCUCUGUUUCAUAUUUGGUUCAUUUGCAUGUGGAUUUGAUAUCUCGUUUGAACAUCAAAGUGAUGGGUUUUUCUUACAAGAUUUCUACAGCAAAAAUGAUAUACCAGAUCCCAACACUGUUACUAAGACCUUUAUUGUGAAUCAGCCAUCUAACUUGUACAAGGUGAAGGCAGAGUAUGGACUAUAUGAAUCUCAUCAAACUCUCUCUAGAUCUGCUCUAGAUACAGUCUACUCAAGAAGUAGGAGUAACAAUUCUCUAAUGCACAGAACGGUUGCUUACAAUUUAGAUGUUAGUGUCCAUAUUGUCUCUAGAGAAAUAUCGCCUAAAAUACCAACGCUGCAAGUUUUGUUUCAUACUAUCCCGCUUGAAAAGCAACAAGAUGGACAAUGGUGUGCACAAAUAUAUGCCAAUGCAAAUAAUGAAGAAAUAUCUUCCACUUGUUUAAUAACUUAUAAUGAACCUGUUUGCGUUGCCAGCAUAGUGUUACAUAAAGAAUGGUGGACUGUGAAUGCUACAAGUGUAAAAGUAAGCUAUUCGUUCAGUACAGUAUCUGGAAACAGCCAGUGUGCCAGGGCUUCUAACUCAGUAAUUCCAAACAGAUCUUUGGAUAAUAAAACAGAUGAAGGAGUAGUAAAACUAGUCAUGACAACUCUGCAAUUAGCAACAAACCAAGAAUCAUUUGACGAAUGGAAAGAUCAAGAUAUCUUGAUAGAUGUUCCUCGUGAAGUCUACCAUCAGGGGGAUACUUUUGAAAUCCCAAUAAGACUAGAAGGCAACUCUGAUUUGCAAACAUUUGUUAUGAGAGCAAGAGUGAGACAGGGUCUGCAUAUCACUGGUGCCCGCCUGACAGACAGUUCAAACCAAUGGAAUAUACAUGUGGAUAUCAAAGAACAUCAGAAAACUGGAACCGUCACUGUGUAUGUCAGAGACAGCAAACUCUACAAGAAAUUAAAAGAUGUACAGGAGGUAUUUCGCUGGCAGAUGGAGGUUGCCGAGGACACAUAUGACUCCAAGGACCUGGGCCGGGUGAUCUGGUCCAUCGAGUACCAGCAGGACAGGGCUGCCCACGAACACUUCCCCCUAACCACUGGCGACUCCAAGGUCGUCUCACAGAUCAACAUCCGCAGCAAGGACCAGCAGAGGCUCGUGCCUGUUCUCAAGGUGUGGGAGAUCCUCAAUGUGGCAGUGUUGACAGGCACCAGUCAGCAAUACCCACUGAAGAUCUACGCUGUCAACUCAUUAGACAGGCUGCAGGAUGUCACGGCACAAACCAAAUGUCACUCCGUAGAAGUUGACGUACUAAAGGUGUCCAUGGACUGCAGUUCUGUGUACGUGGAUGGUGCAGAAAACCGUGGUUCCCACAAUGUGACAAUUAUUGCCAAGUACGGACAGACCACAGCCUUCUUUGAUGUGACAGUCUGGGUCCCAGAGGAGAGGCUAGACAUUCAGCUUUCAGACAGGAAACUCAGUCGUGUCAAAAAUUGGAAAUCGGCCGAUAGCAGUCCAAGAAAGAGUAAAUCGAGUGAGGCUUCCUUGAAGCCCUAUGAGUCCAAUGGCCAGGCAGGUGUGAGGUGUGAGCUGGUGCACCAGCAGGCUCUGGUCCAGGUGUACACCAGGUUCUAUAUCCAGACACCCAAGCAGACCGAGUACUUCAUGGGCUCUGGGGCAUACUUCCAGGUGACCAACCUUGUGAAGGGUCUACUCAGGAUGUCAGACCCUGGGGUGGCAGUCCUCACAGCUGAUAACAUUAUCAGGGGCAGGGAGGAAGGACGCACAGAGAUACAGCUUCAGUCUGCCAAAAAUGGUCACUUGUUGGCUGCUACGGAGGUGAUAGUGUCACAUGACAAGGUGUCUGUGGUGCAGCUGGGUGUGCGGCUGGUGACAGGCAUGACCAUGUUUGUGGAGCCCAGCUCCCUGCUCCCGGGCGCCCUCACCGCCACAGCUCACAUAGACAGCCAGCUCCUCAGUGAACAUCAUUUAGGUAUGCUGGCUGUGGAGGUGGUGUACUCAGACCUGACCAGUAUGCCGGUGGAGUUGCUGCCUACUGACCUCUUUCACCUGGAGGUGCACACAGAGAACAGCAGCAUCGUGGACAUAGCACUCAAUGAUGGGCCUGCUAACCUGCCUCAGGUUGUGGCAAGAGGUGAGGGCCGGGGAGAACUGCUCAAGGUGAGCCUGCAUGGCAGUGAGGAGUGUGCUAGAAGGGAGUCCCGACCCCUCAUCACCAGCCCCAUGUUCAUUGAUCUGGACUUCUCCAGGGAGGCACGCACGUACAGCCAGCACCAUCCCUACCAGAUGGAUGCCCACUAUGACACCAAUCGGGCUAGUGACCGCUGGGAAGAUGCAGCUAAGCAACAACCAGUCUUCUCCAUUAAGCCACAAAGCCAGGCUAAAAAUGCUGUUCUCAAAGGCAAAUUUGAGGAUGUUUCUAAGGAUAAGGAUUCUGAUGAUAUUCAGAUGGUAAAAAAUGCAUUGGGUGAGCUAGUUGAUGAGCAUCCUGAAGCCCAACAAGAACCUCUUCGUACAAAAACAGUCAGAGAAGGUUUAACGCCCCUGGAAAUAGGCAUGUAUGUUCUGCUGGCUGUAUUUUGUGUAGCAAUCACUGUCUUCAUGAUAAACUGUGUGGUCUUCUUUGUGCGUUACAAACACAAGCAGAAGCCUCGCAAAACUGGGAGUACAGACGCCAUUAAAGAUGCCAAUGAUUGGGUGUGGAUUGGCCGGGCCACCCUGGAACGCAACUCAGUGUACACAGACUCGUCUCGCGCCCUGAUGCCAGAGGAGGACUUCAAUGGCAACCUAAGUGAGAGGAGUGAGCGCCCCCUCAGUGUGGGCAGCAACAGCAGCACCAGCAGUCGAUCCAACAGCAGCAACCGCAACAGUGUCGUGUCCACGUACAGGGGCUCAGAGUGCAGUAUCCGAAUAACCGCCAACCCAUUGACAGAGGAGGGGGCUAUGAGCAGACUGCCAGAGGAAACACAGUCACAGAUGGGCAUACCGCAGUGGGAUUAUGAGGAAAUGGGCAUGAACUAUGAUGAACUUUUGAAAUAUUUUGAUAACCUGAAAGAAUCCAAUGCGUAGACUUGAGACUUUGCAUUUUUCACAAGUUUUAUGGGUAUUCUUUGAAUGUUGUCAAACAAAUAUGUCUUCUGCUGUUUAAGGUCCUCAGGACCUGGCAUGUUUGCCAUAGUUGGUAUGUAUUCAUAAAUUUCAGUGUUCUGUGAUUAUUAUUUUUUACAUAGACGUGUAAUCAGUUCAAAUGUUAUCAGUGUUCUAUUCUCUUAAUUUUUUUACUUGCCCUACAUUUUGAUGAUUAUUUAAUAAUGAAUUAGAAUGAAAUAACAUUAAAAGCAAUAUUUUUUUC